AAACAAGCGUGAUUAAAAUGGCGCUGUCCAGUAGCUGGAGCGUUUGCACGUCCCUGCUGCGGACCUUUCGCUCAUUCGGGGCCGGCACUGCGUGGUCAGCGAGUUGCGGUUUGCGUUCGGAUGCGACGCGCCUGAAGCCCGUGGCUAGCUCGGCCGCACCGCGGCUGUCCGUCGUCGAAGGCAGCGUGGUCUCGUCGUCCGACGAUGCCGCCGAAGAGACACGGCGCGUGCUGGACAGCGUCAACGCACAGAUCGCCGACGACUCCACGGGUCGCCUCUUCGCGGUCGUCUACGUUCACGGCAAGCAGUUCAAGGUGACUGCGGAAGACCUGGUGCUCGUUCAAGCCGACAUGCCUGUGGACAUCGGGGACUCGCUGCGUCUUGAGAAGGUGCUGUUGGUCGGUGCUCGUGACUUCACACUCCUAGGACGGCCUCUGCUUGACCGCAGCCUCGUUCGUGUCGACGCCACCGUUGUAGAGAAGUCGCUCUCCCAAACGAAGCGAAACUUCGUCUACGUUAAGCGGAGCCGUUACGAGAGGCACCAUUUCUACCGGUACCCGCAGACCAUACUGCGCAUCAAUUCCAUUCAGCUGCUUCGAGAUGUCAACGCACCAGCAGACGGCCAGGACAGUUCCCGCUCACGCUCGUCAUACUGAACAGUUACGCCUCCUUGUACUGGCACCUGUGCACUGAAUGUGUUGAAGCAUCGCUUGAUAAAAUGCAUUGGUGAUACAGAACAGCUAGUGAGGUUUCUUCCCUGUGCAUGCCAGGGUGCUAAACAAGAUCAGAGAGAUAAAGAGAGGAAGGCAAAAGGAAGACAGGGAGGUUAGCCAGAUAUCUCCUGUUGGCUGCCUUGUACUUGGGGAAGGGGAAACGGGGUGACAGAGAAUAAACAAAAAGAGUAUGAUAACACUACAAAUUCAGCAUAUACUAUGACAAUGAAACAUACAACAGCUUAUCACCUAUUUAAGUUCUCUGUUUGCUUAAGCCCUUCAAUCGCAGUGUCUUUAUUUUUCAUGCUACUGAUUCUAUUCUCUUAAAAUAGAGGGAAGUUAUCAACUGGCAAUCAAAUUCUCUCAAUGUGUGCAGUUAUCGGGCUGCUGCAAACCAGUGUGCCACUCUCACUCUGAAUUGUAAAGUUAGCCUUCUUGUUUGGAGUUUCACAAGGCAUCUAUACAGGAGUGUGAACUGCAAAAUUCUCGUCUACAAUACCAGCAGUUUUUCCAGCCUUCUUGUGUGAGGUUUUUAGCUUUGGUGCAUACACAAACAGACCAACACAGGAACUAGGCGAUGUCAGAUCAUUAUUUGGGGUGGUGCGCCUCUCUCUGUUUCCGAGUAGCAAGUCGUGAAAUCAUCUCGUGCAUGUAAGCAAGCAAUCUUUAGCACAGUUCAAGUUUUCCAGUCAUGGCAGCAGCUUGGUGGCUAUGACGCUGCUCAGCCGAGGUCAUAGGUUUGGUCUUGGCAUUUCAGUAGGUGUAAAGUACAAGCUUGUGCAAACAAAUUUAGGUGCAUGUUACAGAAACCCAGGUCACUAUAAUUAGUCAGGAGUAUCCUGUUACUGUGGGCCUCUAAUAUUUUUCUGUUGGUCCAUAACACGAGGUUCUCAAAUGUUUUAAUUAUUAAUGCAGUGGGAAGGUCUAGUGAGAGGCAUGCUGCUGUACAAACAAUAAAUCUGUACUAUUGGCCUAGGUUUAGUUGUAAUUACAACUAAACCUAGGCCAAUAGUACAGUGCUUAGGCCAACAACAGCACUGUAAUGGCAAGAAAAUUAAUGGAGACGGUAAUAUGUUGCCUUUAUUAUGCCUCAUUUUACAUGUACAGUACUCACGGAUUCAAACGUGACAUGAAAUUUUUAGAGCGCAGCUCUUAGGUGCCAGUUCCUGCGUUGAGUGGCAUCGCCAGCACUUUUGCCGUCGGUGGUGUAACUGAUAGACAUGAAAAAAUAAGAGGAGAAAAAAAAUACCCAGAUCGAAUAGAAUUUGAACCCGGGUCCUCUGCGUGGCAGUCAAGUAUUUUACCACGGAGCAACGCUCGUGCUUGAAGCUCAUUUGUGAAAAUACCCUAUACAGGCGUCAUGUCAUUCAAGGAAUCUCAUUAACCUAUGUUAUAUAGCAUGGCAGAAGAGUAAAAUAACAACCAGUCAUCACACAAUGCUAAUUGUGUAACGAGUGUGUGGUUUAAUGCUUCCCACCCCCUGCAAAGUGCUCAGCUAUAUGUCUUCAUAGUCAUCAGCCACAUGAAGCAUGAAAAAAGUGUUCAUACGUAGUACCUUACAGUUGUGUAGCGGGUAGCUCACUUAUCCGCAGUUUACAUGAAUUAAGGCAUAAUGGGUGCUGUCCUACUUCACAAAAAUUAUGAUUUAUGGCGUAGUCGGUACUUUGCGGAAAGCCAAAACUUCAAACACAGUUAGCCUUGCCUCAACACAAAGCUGCGCUCAGAAUUUGCAUUAGGCAGUAUCGUAAUCAUCGGUGAAUUUUUUAGUAUAACGACUGGUAUGUGCAAGUGCCCGAGAUAACCACGUCGUGUUGCGAGGAAUCUGGUCUCUAAAGAUACUGUUGGCUCUGAUCUGUGCGUUCGAGUUGAAAUUACGCCGAUAUGACCUGAACUGAAGACGGUGGAAACAAAAGUGUGUGUGUGUUACUUAGUCCUACAUCGUCCUGUUACAAUCCGUGAGUACUGUACACCAAUGUAUAAACCAUAGUCCAAACAUACUAAUCUGCUUUGUUUAUACUGACCCAUGUGUAAUGUUACAGUGUGUUUCAUAUUACACUUCGCUAUCAAAGCAAUAUGUUUGCUCUCAACGGAUGCAACUAGCUGGCUUCCUAAUAGUGAGCUCUGACACACAAUUUUUAUUUUGAGUAAGUGUGGGAGUAAGCACAAUAAACUUCACUGAACCUAUACGCUUAGUUAAAAGAUAACAAUUUACUGAUGCAUAUUUUGUCUUUUGGUUAUAAUCUUAGAAGAUUGUUUGUCUUACAUUAAAUUCCUAGAAUAUUUUUUCCAAAUUCGGUCAUGGAAAAUGUCAUUCCUCUUUAUGCUAAUACAAACUGCUCCUAAAACCCUUUCUCCCAAAUAAUGCUUGACAAUAAUUGUGGUAGGUGUUUGCAUUGAUAAUUUCAACGUGCCACUACAUGGUCCUUCCCACUUAGUUUUGUGCUUAUCUUGUGUGUAUAGAUGAAUUCUCUCCUGCGCCUCGAAAAUGUUGUUCUAUUACUUCAAAAAGCUUUCUGCCUUUGCAUUUUACUGGCAGGCAUCUUAAUACUACUGAAUGUGUAUGUGCACUGUGUCAUUGAUACUAUGCAAGCAAGACACAUGAAGUUCUGGACGCAUCAUAAAAGCAUCAGAAACCACUUAUUGGACUGUGUUAGCAUGUUUGUAUGGUGCAUUGUAGCUGUAGAUGAUGUAAAUAUUUGAGUUUGAUUAAAGUGAUAUAAAC